AUGGCCGCUGCUAAGGAAAGAGAGGAAAAGGUGGAAGUCCUCAAUUAUAAGGACUCGUUUCAUCCUUGCCACGUCUUGGAGACCCUCAAGAGACUUUAUAUGAAAAAAGAACUUUGUGAUGUGGUGCUUGUUGUAGAUGAAGAAGAAAUCAAAGCUCACCGCGUGGUUUUAGCGGCCAAUAGUGCUUACUUCUAUUCAAUGUUUACAACGGACAUGUGCGAAAGUGUUCAGGAAAGGGUCUGCCUCAAAGGUAUAGAGUUCGAAGCUGUGGAGCUUUUAGUCAACUUUUGCUACACUUCGUCAAUAAAGAUUACGGAAAAAAAUGUGCAGAACCUUUUGUCCGUGUCGAAUUUACUACAGUUCAAAACAGUCAUCGAAUCGUGUUGCGGGUUCUUGAAGAACCAGCUGCACCCCUCGAACUGUUUGGGAAUUGGGAAUUUCGCCGACCAUCAUGGCUUUUCUGAUCUUCAAAAUGCCGCCCAGUGCUACGCUGAAAAACACUUCCUUGAGGUAAUCAAGUCUGAGGAAUUUCUAAAGGCGACGUUCGAACAAAUUGCAGCCAUGUUGAAAAGUGAUUACCUAGAUAUAGCGAGCGAAAAAGAGGUUUUCGACUCUGUUAUUCAAUGGAUUACACAUGAUGAAUCAAGGAGGAGGCGACAUUUGCCGGAAUUUCUUAAAGACAUCAGAUUGACGUUGCUCCCGCCAAAAAUUUUAGGUAAGCGAGAAUUAACUCACUUAAUAUCUGAUAAGUAAUGACGAGGUUAUGUUAAAUAAUUACUAAAAUAAAAUAAUAAUAAUGAUAAAAAAUUUACUCACUUAUUUUGUUUAUUUUGUCCUGCCUGAGUUAACGUGUCUUUUCCGGCUUUCUCACAUGAUCGAUUUUUGAACUUCAAACUUCUCAGUCUAUUUAAAAAAGCCAUUUCAGUUGAAAGUUUCAAAAGAUCGGAUCUUUCUUUUUUUAUAUUUGGGCGAUUAUUAUUAUUUCCUUCGGAAAAUGAAACUCUCAUGACUUGAAUAAAUAUUGAAAAAAAUUAUGUUUCAGAUCAGAAGUUACACCUUUUGCCCACAAAAGUGACGCUUGAUGUUACAAAGAUUUUCACUUUUCUUUGCUACUUGACCUUGAAAAGUGAAAACUGACAAAAAGCAUCGUUGUUUGCAAAAGUGAGUGAGAAAAGGAAGUGAAUGAGAAAUCGUUCCCUUAUAAUAUUAUAGUUUGUUUACAUUUAAGCACUGAACCGAAUACACCUAUUAUUGAUAUCAAGACAUAAUAAGUUACUGUAAAAUUAUAAUAAAUUGUAUUCAAAUAUCACUACCGAUACUAUAAUAAUACUGAUACAAUAAUUCAUCAUUUUACCCUCGACUAACUGUUAGGCAAGGGUGAAGAAUGUCAAGUAGAUUCCAUUGGUUUUUAUGACGCCUCCUCACCUACCCCCACACUGCGAAUAUUUACAGAAAAGGUUCAUGCCAGACUAGGUUCUACAGAGGUUCCAAUAUUACCUUUCGUGGAGUGGGUACAGAUGACUUGUCAAAUAAUAAAAAAAAGUGCUUAUUUCCUUAUCUGACAAAAAUAAUGAGACAUGUACACACAGGCUGCAGACAGUUAUCAUCUACAAAUUUAAUUUCUAAGUGAGUCCAUCCACCCACAUAUAUACAUUUUUUUUAAUAAUUAUAAAAUUGUUCCAGGUAAUUUGCCUUCAACCCUCUUGCCACUUCCAAGAUGAAGUUCAUAGUACCAUAAAUCCCAUCCACCUCAAAAGAAAAAAAAAAGAAAGUUUCUGCAUGCAUACUUGUUAUUUAUCAUUUCAGUUGACUGUAUAGAAAGUGAAAAGCUGGUUGAAAGUAAUGAUACUUGCAUGAGGUUAAUCAGUGAAGCAAAGAACUAUCACCUGCUACCUGAGAGAAGAGAAAAAGUGCCCUUUGUCUCCCAGGCGAGGCAAAAGGCACAUGGAACAAUGAUAUAUAUUGUUGGUGGUGAAAUACACAACAGAGUGUUCAACAAUGUUAGGAGAUUCAAUUUUGAGACCAGUGUCUGGGAUGAAGUGGCCCCAAUGAACAAGCAUCGUGAUGGUGUGGGCGUGACAGUUUAUAGUGGACAUAUAUAUGCUGCAGGAGGUAAGAUUGUUCCAAGACUUUCUUAGGGAUUCAGAUUUCUAUCCUAUUUAGGCUAUUCUCCACAACAGGUACGUGAGGGGGGAGGGAGCGCCUGCCAGGUGCUCCCUCUCCCCUAGCGUGUCUCCCUUUGACACAUGGUAUUUGCAGCUUUUAUCUCAAAACUUUGUGGUCAACCAAACAUGAAUGCUACCAGCUAUGUAGAUCACCAUGAUCAAUUCUCAAGUGUGAAAUGUCUGCUAUCUCUUUGCCCUACCUUACUGAGGGGCAAGAUAACAGCUGACACUUUAAAUGUAGUAGGACUCCUAUUCCAAAAAAUUUCCUGGACGUAAUUUGAGAAUUUUUUUAGCUGAACAGUGUGUAAUAAUUUUUUAGACUAACCAAUUCACACCAUACUAAAAUAUUUCUCAAGGUUGUGAUGGCGAUGUAGCUCUCAGCUCUGUAGAAUGUUACCACCAGGCUACAGACAAGUGGACAUACGUUCAACCAAUGGCAUGUGGAAGACAUGCCUUUGGUCUGGUAGAGUUAGAUGGUUGGCUCUAUGCAUCAGGAGGCAGUGAUUUCUCACGUUCUGAAUACAACAGUUUGGAACGCUAUGAUCCAGUCAAGUUAGUAUCAUCACAGGGUUCUUCUGUUUCCCAAGUACUUCCAUAUAUGGGCUAGAUGGGUAUGCCCUGCUCUUUUGGGUCUCCAUCCUUAAGCAGGGUAUCAUUUUUGCCCUUGUUGGUGUUGUGUUCCCGGUAUGAUCCUUAGAUAAGGUACCAUUAUUAUAUCAGCUAAAAUUCAAGGUCUGGUUCCUCGAAAGAUGGUUAAGUUUAGCCCAGGAUUAAGCCAAAUCUUAGGCAAGGUUUUCUUGUAUAAGAACAUGUAACUCAAGCUUACAAAAUGUUGUGCCUUUACUUUGAAAAAACAGAAAUGAUUACGCAAAAUGUUACUCUAAGCAAUGCAUCGAAAGGUAAAUAGAAAAAGUGGAACAAAUUUUAACCCUGGAUUAGUGCUAAUUGGCCUUUCAGAAACCAGGCCUAGGAGCGUAAAUGCCUAUCUACAUGAAAAACAAAUCACCUGUUAAACCUAAACUUUACCUCAGAGUAUUAGGAAAGCAAGUUUCUAUUAAAUUCUUACUUUUUGUUUUUCCCUUGAACUGGGUCUCAAUUUUCAGGUUUGGUCUUUCAAUACAUGUACGGUAUCAGUUUUGUAAAAAAAAAAAAUGUAAAUUGUAAUUUGUUCACCCACGGAGCACUAAGGAGUUCAUAUGAACUUGUUGAAAGGUGUCCGUGCGUUCCAGAUCGAAUUAGAAUUUGAAAGUGUUGGUUUUUAAGGAGAUGGGAAAACCAGAGUACCCGGAAAAAAACCUCUCGGAGCAAGGGAGAGAACCAACAACAAACUCAACCCACAUAUUUGUCUCAUUCUUAAAUAGAGUCAGUGUUUAAGACACUGGGUGGCACACACCCAUCUAAAAUUUAUGAGUAAGGGAUUUAAGUGGGUGGGAGUAUGCAUAACAUAGCUGGCUGUAAUCCUCAGGCUUUCAACUUAUUGAUAAAUUGUAUCAUUUCACUAAAAAUACAGGAAUCCUUCAGUACAUUGUUUUCUUGUUCAAAUUUUGGCUGCUACAUCACUGGGAUUAGAAAAGAUCAGGAAAGAUGAGAGGAAUUUUUGUAGAAGCAGUCAAAUGAUGCUACCUUGAUCACUGCUUAUCACCACCCUGUGGGAAUCUUUGUGCCUUGUCUUACACUAGUAAGGCUUUCUCAGUUAUUUAGUGCUCGUGGCUGGGCUUCAAGAAUUGCUCAUAUGGCUCACUGCAUUUCCUUGAAAAGUGCUCACCCACAUUGCCAAACUAAGAAACUAAACAAGUGCUUAGGACUUCCCCCCCUCCCCCUCACUUUUCUAGAUGAUAAGGAUAUCAGAGAGACUGUACAGGUCCUUUCUCUUCUCAUAUCUUUAAUCUGUUUAAAAAAGUUAGUUCAUAUCAUCUCCUUCUUCCUGUGCUUGCAUAUUUAAAUAACAUGUUCUUUUAAUUUUUCCAUUUUUUUGAUAAUUGCCCCACCCACCCUUUUGUUAGAAUUUGCCCUGACACUUGGUUCAAGUGGUUAGAAGAUGCAAAUGUUAAACUUUUUUUCUGCUCAGAAAAAUAUAAUUUGGGAAUUUUCCACAAAUUUUCAAGCAGACCAUUUUUAUGAGAAUUCUCAGGGCUGUCAGUAAGACUUCUACUUGCCAGGUAUUUAUGUUACAGGUUAAAAUUAAAUCCAGGUUAAAAUUUGUUACCUUAUGUUGAUUCACAAUUUUCUUUGUCUCCUAGCCUUAAUUAUUCAUCAAUUAGGGCUAGGAGACAAAGGUAAUUGAGAAUCAACCAAGGUUAAAGAAUUUUAAUCUGAAUUUAAUUUUGGCUAGUAACAUAUACAUAUUUAGUAAGUGGGGAGGUUUUUUUGGGUAUAUUUUUCUUUUGUUUCCUAAUUAUGAAAGUAGCCAGGGGUCAUCCUCAUAGUAACCGGGGGAAAUCCCCAGUUCCACACCCUUAGUGACAGCCCUGAUUCUUAUAAUUAUACUAUUUCAUUCAUUCCUUAUUGUACCAGUAAUGACCACAGGCUAAUACCUCUUUUCAGAGAUGUAUGGACUCACAUGAAACCCAUGAGCACAAUGCGAGAGGGGGUUGCCAUGGUGACCCUAGAUGGAGCUAUUUAUGCCAUUGGAGGUGACAAUGGUGUAUCCAUACUUAACACGGCUGAAAGAUAUGAUCCAAGGCUAGAUCAAUGGAGUGCUUGUGUUCCCAUGAGUUACAGAAGGAGAUACUUUGGAGCAGCAGUACUAAAGGGCAAGAUUUUUGUCCUUGGAGGAAGUGACUAUGAUGAGGAUCACAAUUCUGUGGAGUGCUUUGAUCCUCGAAUGAACAGGUGGCUAUCACUUCCUCCCAUGUUGAUGCGCCGUGAAAGCCCAGGUGUUGUAGCAAUUGAUGACAAACUAUAUGCUAUGGGCGGUGCUUGCGUGAAUGUUGAAACAGAACAGAUUGAUUGUUAUGAUCCUUUAAGUAACAAGUGGGAGGAGUUUACACCACUGCCAUUAGCCAUAGAAGGAAUGGGUGUAGCUGUAAUGUGAUAUCAAGUAGAACUUCCAAUAAUUAAAACUAACUGUACAGUACAUAACUACAAUGUUGGUGGUAUAUGUUCAGUUUUAGUUGUCAUGUGCAAUAAUUGGGUUUGCUUUACAAAGGUUGAUAUUUAGUUACUGAUAUAAAAAAUUGCAUUUAGUUCUCAUGGAAGUGAGGGGAACUUAGCCACCCUUAAUGCUUGGAUAUAGAUAAUUUUUGAGUCAGUCAAGGGGAAGUCACAUUAAUUAACAGAUUUUUAUCUUAAAAUAUAGAAAAACGUAGACANAGUGACAGCCCUGAUUCUUAUAAUUAUACUAUUUCAUUCAUUCCUUAUUGUACCAGUAAUGACCACAGGCUAAUACCUCUUUUCAGAGAUGUAUGGACUCACAUGAAACCCAUGAGCACAAUGCGAGAGGGGGUUGCCAUGGUGACCCUAGAUGGAGCUAUUUAUGCCAUUGGAGGUGACAAUGGUGUAUCCAUACUUAACACGGCUGAAAGAUAUGAUCCAAGGCUAGAUCAAUGGAGUGCUUGUGUUCCCAUGAGUUACAGAAGGAGAUACUUUGGAGCAGCAGUACUAAAGGGCAAGAUUUUUGUCCUUGGAGGAAGUGACUAUGAUGAGGAUCACAAUUCUGUGGAGUGCUUUGAUCCUCGAAUGAACAGGUGGCUAUCACUUCCUCCCAUGUUGAUGCGCCGUGAAAGCCCAGGUGUUGUAGCAAUUGAUGACAAACUAUAUGCUAUGGGCGGUGCUUGCGUGAAUGUUGAAACAGAACAGAUUGAUUGUUAUGAUCCUUUAAGUAACAAGUGGGAGGAGUUUACACCACUGCCAUUAGCCAUAGAAGGAAUGGGUGUAGCUGUAAUGUGA